GGGAGAGGCAGCAGUUUAGUUUCUACAUCAUCACCAAAUAAAUAUUUUCCUCAAUGACAAUCAUUAUUAAGUUUUUUAUCACUUUUCUUCUCCUUACACUUCUCAACAAAGGUACUUCUGGUUGUGAUUUGAACAACAUAACUGUAGGAACAAUCAGAAGUGGGAAUGAAAUAAAUGGAAUGCCACAAUGGAAUGUGGUUGUGGUGAACAACUGUGAUUGUCCAAUGCAAAACAUGUUCGUGUCUUGUUAUGAUUUUCAGACAACUGAACCAGUCGAUCCAACUAUUUUCAAGCCCAUAGGAAAUAACACAUGCAGUAUUAACAAUGGCAGUUCCAUACGACCAAAGGAUACUGUCAGGUUCUCUUAUGCAUGGGAUCCUCCCUUUCUCCUUAGGCCAACUUAUGUUGUAGCUUUAUGCUGAAAUUAUAGUUAAUCGAAAACAAAAUUCAUGUUUUGCUUGCC